AUGGUAAAAGAAAAUUUAAUUUUAACUCAAAGUCAGUUGAACAAAAUCUUAAAAUGGAUUCCUAAUACAGAACAAGAAAAACAUGAUGAAAGAAUCUUGAAAUAUCUUCAAGAAGCUUCAAAAGCUAUGAAAGAAAAAUGGCCCGAAAAUAGUCAAAUUUUAAGAGUUGAGAAAGUGAAAUCUUUGUUAUCUCCUGAACAGCAACGUUAUGAAGAUAUUAAGAAUGCAGAUCAAAAGAAGAGAAAAGAAAUGAUUGAAGAAGCUGAAAGAUUUGUCAAUGAAAAACGUAUAAAAGAAUAUCCGAUUGAAUUAAAAAGCGCAGCUAUUUUGAGUGAGAAUUUGCAUGGAAAUAAAAUUCAAUUAGAAUUUCAAGCUUCAAUUAGAGCAGAUGAAAAAAAGAAAACUUUACAACAGAAUCAAAUCGAUAUGUUGCAGAGUGUUUCAUGGCUUGAAGAUGGAUUUCAACAUCGAACAAAUGCUUUUAGGAUAGCUAAACAACAUAAAAAAGAACUUCUCGAUUCCAUUGUCGAUCGAAAACGUCAGAGGGAUGAUGAGAAAUCAAAACGCAUUGCUGAAGAAAAAAUAAUUAUUGAAAUGCACAACAGAAAUAUUGAAGAAGAGAAAAUAAAAUGUAGAAAAGCCAAAGAAGAACAAAAUGAAUACAUGAGAAAACACGAAAUCGAGACUGUUUUGAUGGCGAAGCAGAAAAGAGACCGCAUGAAGAGAGAAAAUGAGGUGAUUGAUGUAUUGGCGAAAGUUCAUAAUGAAGGCAAAGGCAACGUGAAAGAUUUGAUUAAAUUACAAGAAAAUCGGGCACAACUUGAGCGAAUUAAGCUUAUUGAGAAACUUCAGCAGAUGGCAAAGUUACGGGUUGACGAAGAAAUACUAAAAUUAAAGAACGAACAAAAGUUAAUUGAAAAUGCUCGGAUUGAGAAAGAGAAAAUGCUUGAUUGUGCUCAGGAAAAAGCUAAAAAUAAGAAAAACUUCUUGAAAAAUGAUCGCAUGGAAGACUACGCACAGAGUAUUAAAGCGGCUGAGUUCAAGAGAUCCUUGAAAAAAGAAGAAGAUAAAGAAUAUUUUAAAAUUCGUAUCAGCAAUGAUUUUAUUUCUCGUGAAUAUGCAAAAGCAAAGAAAGAACAAAAAUAUAAGAAAAUCAUGGAAAAUACUAAUUUCCUUAAGAAACAAGCUAAUGAGAUUUAUAAACUUGAACAAGAGAACCGCAAAGCUGAUAUGAGAGAAUUUAAUCAAAGAAUUGAUGAUGAGUCAGCUUAUCUAAAUGCAAAAUUCUUUGAAAAUGCAAAAGAUUUAAUUGAUGAUGCUGCUGGAAAAAAUAGACCCACAAAACCAAUUCUUCAAGUAGUGCAGUCUUACAAAAAUUGUCAUUUUAUUGACAUAAAUAAGCGAACGAGACCUCAUGAAAUUUCUAAUGUUCCUAUUGAAAUGGAAUUGCAUAAAAGUGAAGGUGAUUGGGGGAAAACUAAGCGGAGAUUGAAAUAUGAAAAGGAAGAGAAACUCAUGAAGAAUGUCUACAGGUCAUCAAAAUUCUUAAAUUAUAACUAA